CAAAAUGCCACCCCCCAACACCCCCGCAUCGUCCGACUCCCCCCCUCCGGGCUCAGUAAACAUCAACUCCCUCUCCGUGCCCCAACUCCGCGCCCUCCAAACCCGCCUAUCCUCCGAACUCGAACACCUGACGACCUCGCACGCGAAGCUUCGCGCCGCACAACUCAAAUUCAAAGAUUGCGUGCGCUCCAUCAACGAAGGUGUAAUUGGGUCUCAGAAAAAGGGCACCGACGGAAAGGAGGAUAUCCUGGUGCCGUUGACGAGUUCGUUGUAUGUGAAGGGGAAGUUGGCGGAUCGGGAAAAGGUGCUUGUUGAUGUCGGGACGGGGUUUUAUGUUGAGAAGACUGCUGCCAAAGCUAUCGAGUUCUACGAAAAUAAGGUCAAGGAGCUGGAGACGAAUCUUACCGAGUUGGAGAAGAUUGUGCAGACGAAGAGUCAGCAGCAGAGGUUGUUUGAGGAUGCUUUGAGACAGAAGUUGCUGGCUGAGGGUGCUGGGUCUGCUGCUACUGCGUCUGCGGGUGCCGGUUGAGUAGAUCUGGACUUGUAGCAUAGGAGAUUGCGUGGCCUUGGGAUGAAGGUAUAGUCGGAAUGAACUACGACUAGAACUGUUACACCCUAGUAAGGAUGCACUGGAACAGACCUGUCUGAUGUCACCCAGGCCGCGGGUUGCAAGAGACAGGUCCGCUACGAGCACGCCAGCUCCAUUGAAGGAACUCCACUGUCACCUACAAUUCAGAAGGACAUAGACUUGGCUGACAUUCUGGAGGCGGUAAUAUCAAAAACUGGCAAUUUGGAGCUAAGCUAUAUCAAUGCACAACACAAUACC